AUUCUUUGAAGUACCGCCGUGAAAGUUUUAGUAGACCUUAAAAUUUCGUUUAAGUUCUAUUCAUAAGUGUAUACACAUGUACAAAUAUUUGCAAAUAUUUGAGAAGACUCUAUGUGUAUGUAAUUAAUUAAUUAUCAAGAAUAUUUUUUUCUUCGAAAAAAAAAAAUGUGAUUUAUUGAUAAUCUUUAAUGGGAAAUCAGGAAGAAAUCUAAGAAGUAUAUCUCUGGUGCAAAUUUCAUUACACAACGCCGAUUUUACAGUUCUCUAAACAUGCAGUCGCAGUUUUCGAAAAGUGUUACCGACAAGAUCGUGAUUUUGUGUUGUUUUCUGAAGCUGAUCAUUGCUGGUGUCCUACAACAAAGAUUUCCUUGCGCGCCAAUUGAUGCAAUCUCCGCGAGUGGGGCAGCAGUGCCAGUGGCGUGCGCCCUUAAAUCAAUCGGAGGCAAAGUAGAACCAAUACUUCCGACUUAUGUGAAAGUUUCCACUCCGAUCUCGUACAGACCAUUGCCGAAGACGUCAUCAUUGGUAUACGUUGCGCCACCGAUUUUUAAAACGGCAUCUGCCGUUGUCGCGACCGAUACAAAAAAUGAAAAAGAAGCAGAAUUCACGGCUCAUCCAAGAUACUCGUUUAAUUAUGGCGUCCUGGAUGGAUAUACCGGCGAUUCUAAGUCAGCGUGGGAAGAGAGAGACGGUGACACGGUAAAGGGUGAAUAUUCUGUGGUCGAAGCGGAUGGUUCAAUUCGAACAGUCACUUACACAGCUGAUGACCAUAAUGGCUUCAACGCAGUCGUAACCAGAAAUGAACCCCCGAAGAACGUGAAAAAAGAUAGUAAUUUGAAAGCAUUUCUACCGGUAACUGUUAUUUCCAAUCCUCAUUAAAGGUAAAUCAAAUGUUCUGCGAAUAAAAAUUUGUAUCUAGUUUUUAUCCCGCUGCGUUCUUCCGAUCAUUUUUGAUCCAAUUACAUUUUUCUAACGAGAAACAAUACCUUAAAAUACUUGAGAAAAAUUCAUGUUGAAAAUUAUUGUUUCUUUUCUUUGUUCAAUACAAAGGCAUUUAAAAAAGAUCCCGAAAGUAACGGAUAAAAUGAUAAAAAUUUUCCAAUGACUAAUGUAUAUACAUUUUAUCUAAAUCGUACUAAAACGAUAUUUUAUACUUCAUUUGAUAAGGAUAAAAUUUCGAAGCGUUCAUUUCCUUUGUUUAAUUGAACUUAAUUAAGAUUGAAUAUUCUUAAUAUUUGCAAAUAUUUUGAACGUAUAAAAAGGAAGAAAAAUAUAAUAAAUGGUAAUGAAAAUGGAUGUUUCAAGACUUAAAAAGUAAAAAUAUAGAAAAAUACUCCGUUGUAUAAGAUUUUAUAAAUAAAUAAUUAAUUAAUAAACGAACAUAGAAAUUUGUAAUUUUACAAAUAAGAAUAUAUAGCGUUGAUUAAUUAAAAUUAUUUAAAAAAAAUGUGUCGAAAAAAAUAAAAUGAAAAUCUACGCUACAGGUCUAUGAUUCAAUUAGAUACUUUCAAAUCCUUUAUUAAUAAUGCUUUAUUUAAAUACAGUGGUUACAAAAAAUAUUUUUCAAUUUUUUUACACUUUCUGUUAAAAUUUUACUUUUACAAGUGUGAAUAAUUAUAUUUUGCAGAGGAUAGAUAAACAUAUAUUACGUAAAAUAUCAUUAAAAAUAAAAUUGACUUGGAAAAAUAAACAAACAGUUUGAACCUUUAAAUUAACACGACACGAUUACAAAUAAUACUCUGAUCAUCCAACUUCAUUUCUUUGUGCAAUUAUCAGUUUUAUUUUCACUACAGCUACAAAUAUUAUGCUAUUUUUUUAUAUACGUAUUAAAAUCAUUCGAGGAACCUUAUAUAUUAUAAAAGUAACAAAAUGUAUCAACUAUUUCUAACACAAAUCUUUUAUAAAACAUAAACUAUCAGAUCGUUAAAAUUGGGACAGAAAAUAUGAAUUAUUAAGAUCUCUUAAUAACGCUUAAAUAGUGGAGAUGACAAAAUCUGACUGAGCUUAACUAAUGGUAACAGAUUUGAUAUUUGUCGUGAAACAUGGAAUUACAAGGAAUAAAAUCUCAAGUAAGAACUAAAAAUUUCAUAAUUCUACAUUAUCUCUUAAGCGUAAUACAUACUGUUCAACUAACCGAAUAAGACGACGAUUGAUAUCAUUUUAUCUAUAAACCUGAAAUUUAUCUUUGUACAAUACUAUAUACGUUGGCUUACAAUCAUAGUCUUUAUGGAAACAGAAAUAGAAAUUCUAUCCGGAUGGUAAAACGACACCCUUCGUUACCCAAACUGUUAUCCACUUACUAAUCCUAAUGCUCUUAUUUGUUAACGAUAAGCCUGUAACGUUCACUCUCCCAUAAAAAGUCAGUAUUCCGUGGUGCACUUAUUGUAUAAAACAGUGAGAUCUGGUACAUCGACAGAAUCGAAUGAGAAUAAAAGGAAGAAAUGUUCCAUUGAUAGUCCUCACGUGGACUAUCCAGAGAUUA